UUCAGUAUAAAGUUACAAACCAAGGCAGCACUGCUGAGCCUCACAAAUGAGCAGGAUAUACUGUAACCGUGAGGCUCCCAAACUAUACCACAGUGCGCUACGGCCGACCCAUUUGACCCAAUAUCAAUAAAUGCGAAAUAAGGGCCCCUCUACCUACAUAUCCCAUUCAGCCAAUCCCACCCCCAUAGCAGUUCCACAUAGACACUUCCCCUCCUCCCAGCCCCGCCUGACCCGGAUGUACUGUGCGCCGCCCGGCACUGCUACACCUCGGCCUGUGGGGAAAGAGCGGUGUCCGUCCGCGCACAACCAGGAGGAGCCCACAACCUACAGUCCCUGGGGGGAUUCCACGAGGGAGGCAAGUAAAUGUGCAGUGAGUCCGGUAUAGGUUACAUAACAUUGGAAGCAAUAGAGACGCAGGCAGUAGUGACCCACACGGGGCUUGUGCCCAGAAGCAGACGCAGUGCAGAGUGAGCGCAAUGACCGCCGCGCGCUGAGCCUGUCACUCACUCACUUCCCCCAGUCGGCCCCUAAACCGAUUCCUUGUUCCUCAUGGCCCCCAUGGGUAUCCGUCUCUCCCCCUUGGGAAUCGGAGUGUUCUGUCUGCUGGGACUGGGAGUUCUGUAUCACGUGUACUCGGGCUUUCUCACGGGAAGGUUCUCAGCCUUCCUCCUGGGGGACAGAGCCGAGGACGCCGACCCCGGGGACACGGUGGAUCUAAGGGAGCUGCUGGCUAUAUCGGUGCGGGCUGCGGAGCUUGGUGGGGUGGAGGUGAAGAAGGUCCGAGAAAGCAAUUCGCUGAACGAGAAGGCAAAGGGCAAGACCAGGGAGGGGGAGGACGAGAAGAUGACCAGUGGGGAUGUCCUGUCCAAUAAGAAGAUGUAUAACCUCAUCAAAAAUGCUUUCCCAGGCCUGCUGGUAAACACUGAAGAGAAAGUUGAUGCUAAUGAGGAGGAUUCGAUCUCUUGGGAUCGUGACAUUCCUGAUGAUAUAAAGGAUAAAAUAAAGACUUCAAAACAUGUUGCAUCUGAAAGCAUUACAAUCUGGAUAGACCCACUAGAUGCAACACAUGAAUAUACAGAAAAUCUAGUAAAUUAUGUCACUACCAUGGUCUGUGUUGCUGUUAAUGGCAAACCUGUUAUUGGGGUGGUCCAUAAACCUUUCACAGGUUAUACUGCAUGGGCCAUGGUGGACGAAGGUGCAAAUAUAAAAAAGCGGAAUUCUUACAAUGAGAAAACUCCCACUUUUAUUGUGUCUCGUUCUCAUUCGGGGCAGGUGAAAGAGGUCACCCGACAAACGUUUGGUAACAAGACAGAAAUCCUAUCUGCAGGAGGAGCAGGUUACAAGGUUCUAUCAUUGCUGGAUGUGUCUGCCAAUGAGCAAGAAACCGCUGAUGUGUAUAUUCACGUUACCUACAUUAAGAAGUGGGACAUUUGUGCCGGCAACGCCAUCCUAAAUGCUCUUGGAGGUCACAUGACUACUCUUAAAGGAGAAGAAAUUAGCUACACAGGAUCAGAACAGAAUGAAGGGGGGCUGCUAGCCAGCAUUGGAAUGGAUCACAGUGCACUUGUUGAUAAACUAGCCAAAAAGAUAUCCGUCAAUGCCAAGAAGCCAGCCAAGUAAGGAUAAGUGAAAUACAAUCCGAGAUUGUGACUUUGGCUUGAUGUGUUUGUAGAAUACGGCAGACCAGCAUGUGAAAGACAGGGAAUUGCAGUGCUGUUAAAACAUGGCAGUGGACUAUUGGUGCAGGAGUGUGAGGUGCAACUUUCUACAAGUGGCCCCACUGUCUUAUUCGGACUGGAAAGUGUUUGCUGGGAUUGGAUGAUACGGGCAUUGCAUUUAAUGAACAUGUAAAUCUAUAAAGUCUGAUCACAAGCAACAUAUGAAUAGUUUCAUUUUGCUUAUCUAAAGCAGCUGCAACGGACAGCCUUCCCCCCCCCCCAAAUUCCAACUUUUCAUUAAUAAGAACAAUCAUUGUGCCUCGUUGCUUAUUCUGACAUACAAGUAUACGCAGCUUGUGACUGAUGCACAUCCAGACGAAUACGAUCUUUCAUUCAACGCAGUGUUUUUGUCCAGCAUUUGGAUAACGUUUUUUCUCUUGUCUGAGCAGCUAUGUUUGUAUUGUAGAGAGGAAUAACUACUGCAAGGCAUUGUAUUACUUAUUAAUAAUUCAUAUUCUGUCAAAGCGGAAUCCGUUGUUUCGCCAGUACUGUGUACAAUUCGUCUCAUUCGAGGUGCAGUGGAUUCCCAUACUCCCUGAAUGUGUGUUUUUUUUUUUUUUUUUUUUUAUUGUAAAUGAUCCUAUUAAGUUUUGGAAGCAUUCUAGAUGUUAAUAAGAUAAUAAAUCACUGUCCUUAUGAUUAAUAUUAUUUUUGCUCAUUUUGUUAUGAAGAUGUAUUUAUAGAUUCAGAUAUAAAGGGAUGCUGUCAUCAUAAUAAAAAGGUUUAAACAA